AUGAAAAAACCGAAAUUUGAGGCAAAAUACUACGAACAUCGUGAGGAACUGGAUUUAUUGAUACACGACCCUGAGGACGUGAAAGGAAAAUUCGGUGGUUUUGAGGUGUUGCUAAGAAUUGGCAGUCCAGUCCUUCGGAACGAAUGGAAUUCAGAAGCCAACCUUACGGCCAGCGAACGGAAAUAUAAAGUGGGGACGCUGCUUCCAUCAGUGCCAUACGAGUUAACGGUGCGAGGACUGGUACUGCCCAAUGUUUUCAGCGAGUUGGCUGACCCACUGCUGUUUAAGCCAUCAAAAGCAGACCAGUGUGCACCACAAAAUGUGAAACUUGAAGCCAUCGACCCGCACACUGUGAACAUGAAGUGGGAUCUCCCAGCCAAAUCUCACGGCCACAUCGUUGGCUAUACCAUUCUCUGGAACCUCAAUAACAGGAAGCAAAAAAGUAUCCAUCUUUCGUCAGGUCAAUCCUACAUCUUCACCAAUUUGCAACCAAAAGUGUCUCUUUCCGCCUCCGUUUGUGCACACUAUAAACCCGAAGUUCCACCAAAUCUUGAGUACAUAGGCUCCUUCAGUAAGCCUUCAACAGUGAUCACGCCACCAUCGGUACAA